GGGCGCUAUUUGCUGUGGCACGCAUGGAAAGCUGGGUCUCUUUGCUGUGGUGUGUGUACGUCUGCUCGUCUGCUCCUCCCAGAAGCCGCUGCUCAGUGCACAACGUGGGUGACGGAGGCUCUACUACACAAACAUGGCUGCCGGUAGAGCUAGAUUGGAGUACAGUGGCGACCCUGAGCGGCCAGCCGUGCUGGUUCAGUUUUCAAAUGGAAAUAUUCAGACUCCAGAGAGUGUAAAUUUCACUUUAUACAGGAACAAAAAUUACGCAUCCCCUAUGACGAAGAAGCAAAGAAUUCUGGUGGCUCAGACAGACAGACUGAGUUAUUCAGGGAAUAACUUCUCCGCUGAGGCUCUGAAGUGUAACUCUCUGAGCAGGUACUUUGUCGGAGUUCUGAAUAAAGAAACCGGAAUAAUGGAAGUCUAUGAUGCUGAAAGGGUGAACAUGCAGCCAAUAUUGGAAAACGACAAUAACCUGGAGGGACAAAGUCAAGAUGUGACAGCCCAGGCAAGCAGAACGUACAGAGAAAAGGUGGAUGCUCUGAUAGAAGCCUUUGGAACCAACAAGCAGAAACGUGCUUUAAGUUCUCGAAAGUUGAACCAAGUUGGCAGUGAAAUAUUAAAUAAAGCUAUGGCAAAGGCUGCUGAUGAGAUCAUUGAGUCCAAGGGAACAGCAGAACUGGUGAAAGAAGCAAUGGACGUGAAAGAAGAAGAUUCUUCCCUAUUCCUUCCUCCAUGUGAUCCUCAUGCAGACAAACCAGCAAAUGUCUACAAAUUUCAUGACCUUAUCUCUCCUGUGGAAUAUGCAGCUUUGGAAAGUGUGUCAUCUUCCUUUAAGAACAUCACUUCUGAUGAGAUCCAGAGUUUGAAAGACAAAAAGCAACAUGGUUAUUUUGUACUCCAGGAACUCCAGGAAUUGAAGCUAGUAAAAGACAUUGACAGACAAGCCAGAGCUCUGUGGUAUUUGGACAUUUUGAUUAAACUGAGCCAACUAAAAACUGUGAAACGGAAGGAUCUUAUUGCUCUUCAAUGUCCAAAGAUUAUAUGUGGCAGCUUAAUGAAAAACUUUACUGUCACCAUCUUUAAAAAUGACAGGCUCCAUAAUUCAAUAUCUGGGACAAUGAGAUCUAAAAUUGUGGCUUAUGUGAUAGCCCUGGCCUUACAUAUCUCUGAUUUUCGGGUAGAUCUGUCAUUUUUACAGAGAGACUUGAAGCUUACAGAAAGCAGGAUUCUUGAAAUAGCUAAAGCGAUGAGGCUGAGGAUCGGUAAAAAAAUGAUGUUCUGUGACACGACAGUGGAAGAGAGCCACAAAAUUGGUAUAUUAACACUCCCUCUGGUUGUGUACAAGCCAACAGGAGGGAUAAAAAGAAAGAAAAUGUGAAAUCAACUGCAAUGAGACACUUAGAUGCAAAGUCAUGCUGUAAAAGGUUGGAUAACUUACAAGGACUGUUUUGUGUAGUCAUUUACAGAAUUGUUUCUCAGAAGUCUGAGGUGUGUGUAGUUAAUACUGGCUGUAACGCAUGUCAUUUUUACAGUAUUAGUUCAAUAAAGAAAAAGUACAUAUUAAUAAUCGACAA